AUGCUGCGGAUAGUCAAGGUGGGUAUCCCCGUCGUGGCGGGUCUCUGGGCCCUGCAGCUGCACGCGGUUGUCCGCAACGAAAGCAAGCGCAAUUUCUACGAGGACGACGCCAACGUCGUCCCCAAGCCGGGAUCGGUUGUCCCCGCCGCCGGCACCGAGGUGCAAGCGGUGGGCACGUCGACGGUGGUUGACGGCACCCUGGUGAGAUCGGCGCGGUUCCUCGAACGCGUGUUCCGCUCGGUACGCCAGGAAUUGGAGGAUGUCUACUUGACGUUGAGAUCGAAGGGUGACGAGGCCUACUCGUCGCUUAACUCGGCUGAACGUCAAGUGACGUCGACGGUGCUGGGCUUACACGCUCGCCAGGAAGACCUCUUCCCUAACUCUGUCUACAUUCUUAUCGCCGGGCUUGCGGGUAACAUUGCUGCCCGUAAGCACGGUGUGGUGGCUAAGGUGACGUUGCCAGUGUUGUUUGGUACCGUCGCUUUCCGCUACUUCUUGCCGCAGACGUUUGCCAACACCACACACUACCUCUGGGAGGUCGAGCAGAGAAACUUCCCCGAAGUGGCGGCGAAGCUGCUGGAAUUGGCUAAGCACACCCACGAGUUGGUCGAUGACGUCGAGAAGGGCGCCGAACACCUGAAGCAGUUCGUCAACGACACCGUGGCCGGGUUGCGCCGGAAGGUCGCCGACGUCACUGGUCUCCACAUCGACGAGGUUUCGAAAAAGUGA